AUGGACACGCUGAAAAUUGAGAAUCUUCUGGAAAUUGCGCAAGAAAUUAUCAAAAAUACAAUCUUGGACAUCGAAAAAGCAGGGAAACGGUCCGAUCUCAAGGCUCUAGUAAGUAUUUUAAUUAUUUAUUUUUUUUAAUUCAUCUAUUGUACGUUUAUUUUUUAGAUUGACGACGUUAAGAUCAAUCUGAACAUUGUAUAUGAUGACUUGCUUAAGCCCAUAAAAGAUAACAUCUCGAAAACUCUAAAAAUCAGAUUGGCUGUUGCACCAAACAAAAAACAAGUAAGUUAAAUUUUUUUAAAUAAAAUUUAAAAAAAAAUUAUUAAACCUUUUUUUCAGUGGCUCACGCCUAAAAAACCGCGUGAGCACGUUAAUUUGCCAAGAAGGGUGCGAGGAAGGAAGAAUACUCUACUAAAGAGUAUAUCGAUGGGCAUCCUUCACCGACGAGGAUAG